AUGUUCUUCAAUGCUCCUCGCAAGGAUCACCUUUCUUUAUCAAAACGAGACUACGUACACAGGCGUCAGAAUGAUGGCAAUGGUGCGCCACCAGGAGGCGGACCGCCAAAUUCCACGACUUCGAGCUCCGUAGACCAGCCGACGAGUUCAUUCACCACUGCGAGCACCAGCGAUGCCUCUUUCUCCGGGACAUCAUCUGAUUCGGGGCGCGAAACAUCGUCUUCGUUGCUCGUUUCGACUUCGACUGUAACAUCCACGAUCUCGACUACGUCUAGUAGUGGCUCCUUCUCAUCAACUCUUUCGCCACAAUCUUUUUCAUCCUCAACGUCUAGCACGUCAGUCGCUUCCUUCACGAGCACGUCCUCAAGCCUCCCAACAACAUCCUCUUCAUCGACUUCGAGCUCGCAACCAUUCGAAACCCCCACUACCACAUCCACGUCCAGCAGCAGUUCGUCGUCAACGUUUUCAUCCACGACCACCGCAGUUUCGUCUGAUGUCGUAAGGGCCACCACCGAGAUCAACGCAGCUACCAGCUCGACCACGUUCACUAUUGAUUUUGCCACUUCAACCGCUCCUUCCAAUUCUGCGUCGUCUGGUGCUACAGGAACUGCUAUCGUUGCUGCUGCGACAUCAGAUGGCUUCUGGGCCAACAAGUCAGCUGUUGCUGGGACAUUUGCUGUUGUGGGAGUAAUCAUCUGUGCUGCCAUCGCAGCUGUGAUAUUUUUCUUGGUCAAGAAGCGGCAACGUCGCGAUUACGGAAGUGACUAUUUCCCCCCCGAAAAAUGGUCUCCGCCAAUGUCAGAGCCUGGACUCAAGAGUCCGUCUCCCGGCCCGAGUAUAGUGGAAUUGAGCCACCCGCCCAUGGACGUCUUCUCUAAUCGGGAAGUCUUUUCCGACAACCAUGUGGAGACGGGCAAUUAUUACAAUUCCCAGAGCUCUCAUGAUGGUCAUUACUACGGUGAGGAGACCAAUAUGACAAGGGGUCCCUUCUACGGUAUCGACGGUACUCAAAACUAUCCGCUUGGUUCUGCUCCGGAUAUCAUCCUCACCUACGCGAAGGACGUGGAUCGGCAGUAUCCCGUAUAUGAAAACGAGCCCAAGAGGGCUUCCAGUUCUUCCCCUACCCCUCGUCCGUCUACUAACUCUGGCCGCCCCUCUCCCACUCCUGGUCGAACAUCGCUCAACUCUAGACGCCCUUCACCCACUUUUGGUCGUCGGUCGCCAGCACCUGCCCGCCCAACACCUUCCUCCCUCGCGCAACACUCAUAUACAACCUCCAACACGUCGACCACGAGUGUAAAGCCUGUCGCGGGAUUGACAGUGCCCACUUCCCGCAAAGAUCCUAGUGAUCGAGAUUCGGAAGUGUCUUCGAUUGAUUCGUUCUACGGCGCUUCCGGGUCCUCUGCGGGUGUAGCUAUCUAG